CUUCUUUCUCGAGCAAACCCCUCAUUAGAUGACAUCAGCUGAGUCACUAUGUCCUCUAAGAAUUUCACCGUCCUCAUUGCCGGCGGGAGCAUUGCCGGCUUGACGCUAGCUAAUAUGCUUGAGCUGGUAGGGAUCGACUACAUCAUCUUGGAAGCCUACCCGGAAAUAGCUCCUCAAGUCGGCGCUAGUAUUGGCCUCGUGCCUAACGGCUGCCGUGUUCUUGACCAGAUCGGGGUCUACGACAAAAUCAGGGAUCUAAUUAAAGAACCCCUAUUCCAAAUAUCUCUCCGCAAUUCUGACGGCAAUGCAACGAGUCAGUACGAUGGCAUUGGAGAUCAGUUCAGAAACCGAUACGGAUACGACGUCAUUGUUGUAGAUCGUCAAAUGGUUCUUCAGGCGUUGUGGAAUAAUCUGAAGAAAAAGGACAAGGUCCUCAUUAACAAGCGGGUCACUCAGGUUCAUCUUGAACCAUCUGGAGUCAAAGUGGAGACGAGUGACGGCGAAUCUUUCUCAGGCGACAUCUUGGUUGGCGCAGACGGAACUCACAGCCAAGUACGGAGCGAGAUGUGGCGACUAGCAGAUGAUAUGGAGCCUGGCUACAUUCCCGCUUCAGAACAUACAGAAUGUCUGCCAACGAUCUACAAGUGCAUCUUUGGCAUAUCCGUGAUGGAGGCCUGGCAGGCCUCUGCCGUCCAGACUAACUUGAACAAACACUUCUCGUACUUGAUAAUAGCUGGCCCGAAGCACCGAGUUUACUGGUUCCUCUUUGUCAACAUGGGCAAGACACACUACGGCCCAGAACUUCCGCGCUUCACCAAAGAAGACGAAGAGGCGCUGGUUAAUGAGCACCGAGGCGACAAGAUUACUGAGAGUUACACAUUCGGAGACCUGUACUCGGCUAAAAUUUCCUCUGUUCUGACUCCACUACCCGAGUAUGUAUUCAAGAAGUGGCACUUCAACCGCAUCAUGACUAUUGGAGAUGCGGCACACAAGCUUGAACCCAUCGCUGGGCAGGGAGGCAACAGCGCCAUCGAAACCGCCGCAGUGCUCGUGACCAACCUGACACGCAUGCUAAAUGCGCAUCCAUCUGGCGUCACACUUGCUGAUAUUGACGGCGUCUUUGCCUUGACGCAGAAGACGCGCGAGCCUCGCGUUUUGCAGCUUGUCGGGGCCUCUCACUUGGAGCAACGGAUUUCCGCCCUGGAGAGUCCAGUGUUGGAGUUUGUUGGCCGGUACCUUCUCCCCAUGACAUCCAUCGAAGAGAAGCAAGACCCGUGGAGUACGAACUUCGAGGGCGCCCAUAAACUUGACAUCUUGGACGUGCCAAAGCGAUUGCACUUUAAUCCGUUCGUUGAUGAGCUCCCCAUCCCUCCCCUGCCUCCGUCUAUGCUGCCCAAGCUGGCGAUGGGAGUUGUUCUUUGCGGCCUCCUUUACAUUGCGAAACACGCCCUCGUCAUUUCGCCAGACCCGGGACCUAGUACCUUCCUAUCUCACGAGUUGAAAAAGACAUUCACUGGGGUUACUCAAGUUGACGCGAUGCUCUCGUUUCUCGUUUGGGCCUUUUCCGAGGCUACUUCUGGUUCUAACCUCAACAAGAGAGUUCAAGCCCUCUACUUCCUGGUCAAUCUCAUCCCUAUCAUCUACAUCUGGACAGUGGAGGGUUACCGUAACGGCAACAGACGGUCUCCUCUCGUGUCGUGGCCCUCGGCAUUUACUGUCUACCAGCUCGUCGGCAUCGGAAAAGUCGCACCCGUGUAUUUCGCCAUAAGCCUGUUCACGACCAGUAGGGCAGUUUAUACGCGUCCUACAGGCCGACCGAUUCCCUCCUCGGUUGCACAUGCAUUGCUUCCCGCUCUGUGCCUGGGAUACGUCCUUCCCACUGCCCUCAUGUUCAUUCAGUACGAAGACAGCGUCGUUCAGCAAAACGCCAUUGCAUUCUGGCAGCCUUCUCCUGUGUAUGUCUCUGUGCUGACGUGGACAUUUUCUCGAUUUUUCCAGCACUUCUCUCCCGCCAAGUCUCUAGACUGGGAGAUGUAUGAGAAAAGGGACCUUGCCCCUCUGGAAGCUGGCUACGCGCUGUCCUUUUUCGCGACGGCCAUCACGCACAUCUGCACCAUGGUGUAUGUCCGCUACAGCCCAUCCGUGUCCAUAUCCCAGGCCUUCUUCAAUCUUCCUACAGUUGCAUCUAUGGGAAUCAACAACGACAUCGACGGUUUUUGGAAGUACGACUUGCUUCUGUGUUUCGGGACUGUGGCGAUGUGGUGUCUGUACAGCGUAUACGAGCUGCGACGACUGGGAUAUGUCACAACGCAAAAAGCUAUCAGUGCUGGCAUGGCAAUCUUUGCGGGUGAGAUACUUGUAGGACCGGGUGCAACGUAUGCAGGAUUGUGGGCUUGGAGGGAGAAGGUUAUUGCGGGAUUAGUGAAAGGGCAGUAAUCAAGAAUGAUACGUGUCAAAACGGAGAUAUCUUGAAACAUAAGGUAGUUAUUUUACUAAAUUACCAUCCAGCAGUUAGCUUAUCGAGACCUUACGAGAGUUAACUUUGCGAAAAUGUAAAAAG